AUGAUUUCCGUGCUUCCGAUCUUGCUGCUUGCCUCCUCAGCUGCAGGCCGAGACAUAACUUUUCCGCCUGUAGCAGGAUUCCAAUUUCCCUUGACGCAAGGCUCAGGCAUUGAAGACACAGAUAUUACUGGAGCCAAAUUUGCAGGACUAACCACCUUCGCCAACCUUCCUUACGUUCACUGUCUUGACAAGGCCGGGCCCGAGAAGUACGACAUUGCUAUCCUGGGUGCUCCGUUUGAUACUGGCGUGACUGCAAGGCCAGGUGCUAGAUUUGGGCCCAAUGGUAUCAGAGCAGGAUCGCGUCGCAUACACCCGGACUUUUCUUGGAGCAUCUACAAUGGCAGAAAUCUGUUCAAGGAAUGGGCUACGAUUGUUGACUGCGGAGAUGCUCCUCUUACCGUGUUGGAUAAUACAGUGGCCUUGAAACAGCUUGAUGCAGCACACAGGAUCAUCUCGAACCGUUCUACUAACUCGACCGACUACGCUGUGCCGAGACUUGUCACACUGGGUGGUGAUCACACCACGACACUCUCUGCUUUGAGGUCCACGUUCAAGCAUUGGGGACCUGUCAGCGUCAUACACUUCGACAGUCAUAUUGAUACGUGGGACCCGGAGGUGCUUGGAGGCGGAGUAUCGCAUUACGCGGGAGUCAACCACGGCACGUUCCUCCACAUUGCGCACGAAGAAGGGCUGGUCAGAAACACAUCGAUCCACGCAGGAAUCCGGGCUCCGGUUGCCAACAAGAAGCAUGACCUUAAGAACGAUCGCAAGUGUGGAUUCGAGAUGAUGACAGCCAGAGAUAUCGAUAGACUCGCAGCGCAGGGAGUGAUGGAAAAGCUCAAGCGCCGCGUUGCCGGCACAAAGGUCUACAUCAGUGUUGACAUCGAUGUUCUUGAUCCUGCAUUCGCACCAGCGACUGGUACGGCAGAAGUUGGAGGUUGGACCACGCGAGAAUUAUUGACCAUUCUUGAUGGAUUGAGCGGGCUGGAUAUUGUCGGAGGAGAUGUUGUAGAAGUGGCACCGAUCUACGACAACGCUGGAGAGCCGACUACACUGGCGGCGGCAGAGGUGGUCAUGUCCUUGCUGCAAUUGAUGGUGGACCAGCCUGUCAAGGCAGGAUAG